GUGCGACUCUAUUGUGACAUUGCUCCUGGCAACAAAGGCAUGGGAGGAGCAGCGCUGUUUGGACACAUAUAUCCGCCGGGUUAGGAGACGGCUAUUACCGGCAGGAAGAAUUUUGGAGACUGACAAAAAUCUUUGCUCUCUCCGUGCCAAAGACUUCGCGCCUGUAGGAUGCCGGACACGCUGUUAUCAGUGGUGUCUGAGGCGGAGAGGAGAGCUUUCCCAACGCUCUCCCAUCUGUCUGAAAACGACGUAGACAGUAUCUGGGCCAACGUAUCGUCCUUCGUGGAGAAGCAGAUGAGCUUGCAGAAGGGGGUCCACAUUGUGGGUCUGGGGACGUUCACCUUCUCUCAGCAGAAGCUGGACAUGGGGAACAAGUUAAUCCUCCUGCAGAGGCCCAUCUUCCUGCUAUCAGAGAAGCUGCUUCUGAGCCAUGGUCUGAAGCAGACCAGACCACUGGCCCCAGCAGAGGACGUUCCUGUGGUGCCUCUGAACCACGCCGCUCUGUCGGCGGAGAGCCCGUUUGAGCGCGACACGGUGGAGGGCUGUGUCCGCGAGACACUGCUCCUCCUGCUGAGAGCCGUGGCGGGCGGCCGCGCCGUCCUCUUUACCUUCCAGGGCGUGGGGGUGCUCUGCUUCAGGCACGGCAAGGUCAAGAUGAAGUUCUACCGGGACUUUAUCAGCUCCAUGGACGGUUCCGGCAGACUGCUCUGGGCUCUGAGUAACAGUCCAUGUGCUACCAGCCUGCUGUCAGGUCGUAUGUCCAGCUUACGGCGUCCAGCCACCAUCACUCCACAGCCUCCCAGGACCAGCCAUGGGGAGGAGGGCUCUGAGGGAGGGCAGGACAGGAGGAGCCAGGCCCCUCCAGACCACAACAUCCAUCAGGACAACACAGGGGACAUCACAGAGGAGCCCACCCCCCGCCCUGAUCGGCCUCAGCACAGACAGACCCUGCAGACUGCCAAGGUGAACGCUGUCAGCUUAACUGAGGACCUAGACACCUCACCCCCUGCUGUGGCUGCUGACAGGUGCAGUUCCAGUGUCUGCCUCUUACCAGGAGAGGGCGCUGUUGAGGAGGGGAGGAGAGGACAGUCUCCCCCGGAGGCACCCUGUGUGAAUCACAACCGUGCUGGACAGGAGCUGUGCUACCUGUGCAUGCAGCGCUCCCAGAGGAACGUUCCUCUGUACCUGCAGGAGGAGAGGAGGAGGGAGGAGCAGGAGGCAAACAGGGGGCUGCUCAUCCAUCAACAGCUCAGAGACCAGGCUUACCUGCAGAGAGAGCGGGCUGACCGUCAAAAGCUCAAGCAGCACGCCCAAAAGCUGUCAGCUUUUAACCUGGGUGUGGCCGAUGCUCUGAAGGAACGCAAGACCAAUCGCAGCUCCCAAUUCCAUGGUUCCUACAUCUUCGGGGGGCGCCCCCCCACCCCUUUCAGUGGGCCCAGCCAGCAGAGUUACAGCCAGAAGCUGAGAGAGCAGGCGGGCUGGACGAGGGACCAGAACAAACACACCCAAAAGGACCAGGACAUGCUUGACCGUCUGCAACAGGCUCAGCUGGCCCAGGAGAUUGCAUUGCAGAAGACCCAGCAGAUCCUGAAGAAACACAACGAUACUAAGAACUACCAGAGAGCCCUGGACACACAGGUGGCAAACCAGGGUCCAGGCAUCCCUGCACGCCAGCCCGACGGAGCCGUGUUUGGCCUUCUUGACUCCACUGCUGCCAGUCUGGCCAAUCAGAGAGAGCGGGCCCAGCGGGUCUACCAGGAACAGCUGGAGAUAGCCAAUCGAAAGAUGAGGGCGGAGCUAGACCGUCGGCUGACCGAGGGGAAGGAGGAGAGAGAGAUGCUGCGGAGGAACAGAAGGGAGCUGAUAGCAGACCGGAUCAGCCGUUUUGAGCGGAUGCGGAGCCUGCGUUCCUCUUUGGAGACCACCUGGAGCUGCAGCGCCACUCUGAAACACCAGAGAGACCGUCAGGAGAGAAACUUCCUACGGUCUCACACUGGCCUGCUGAUUGACCAGUGUGAACGGUAUCGCAGGUGUCACCAGUGUCACAAGAAGACCAGCAACUGUGGAGAGAGCAACAUUUGGAAGUCUCACUGCGCGCUAGGGACCAGAUUCAUGGUCUAAACAGACAGAAGGGCAAACUGUCAGGAAGGCCAAUCGACAGAUAGGCUACAAUUGCAAUAAAGACAGAUACGUCUGACAAGCUCUCGAACGUAUACCAGUGUGGUGUGUUGUGUGUUAGUGUGCAUGUUAGCAUUGCGUGCAUUGCAUAUUGUGUGUGUGUGCAACGUGUAGGAUAGUGUGAAUUGCAUAUUUUGUGUGUGGGAGUGUGCUGUGGAUCGAGUAUUGCCAACGUGGUGCAAUUGCUCAGUUAAUAAACUUACAGUACCAUUA